CUUCCAGCUGUUGCUGUUGCCGUUGUUUUUUGUUGCUGUCAACGCCGCGAUCAAACUCUUAAUCUUAUAGCGUGAAGAAAUGGAUACCCAAACAACCGUCUUGGCGUCGCGCCAGUCCGGCCGGAGCUCCGAGAGCAGCUCUCUGGACGCUGUUGAGAAGCAGAAGCUCGCCAACAAGGAGCUUCCCCAAACUCGCCCUGAUCUGCACAAUUCGGCAUCGCCCAAGCGAUGGAAGACCUUUUGGAAGGCCUUCCGGUAUCUGAACAACCUCACCCCCAAGCAGGUCGAUGACUUCAUGGCAUCCUACGUCAUCUACAAUCUCGACUGGUCUGACGAGAAAGCGAUGAUUGAGACGCUAGGUCCGGACUAUCAGGCAAAGGUCGGCGACUGCCUCAAGGCGUACUAUGGAGUGCUCAACCACCUGUGCGCGCUGGGCGACGUGGAGAAGAUGUACAUCCCCCCAUUUAUGAGCAAGAAGGCGACCGUGCUGGAGAACCAGUUGUUGUACGAGGAAUCGAUUGCGCAGGAUAUCGGCCUUAGCGCCGGCGAUCACGUGUUGGACCUGGGUUGCGGUCGCGGAAGAGUGGCCGCGCACAUGACGCAAUACUCCGGCGCGAAGGUCACGGGACUCAACAUCGAUCCCAAUCAGAUUGGCCAGGCCAAGACUUACAAUGAGAAGCUCGGAUUCAACAACAAUUCUUUCGUCGUCCAGGACUUUAACAACCUUCCCCUGCCCUUCGAGGAUGCUAGCUUCGACGCUUUCUACCAGAUCCAAGCACUCAGUCUGUGCAAAGACCUUCCCUCCCUCUUCCGCGAAAUCUACCGCGUCGUCAAGCCCGGCGCCAAGAUCUCCCUCCUCGAUUGGGUUAGCCUGCCCGACUACGAUCCGAGCAACCCCGAGCAUACCGAACUCAUGCGUCGCGUAAAGCCUUUGAUCGGUGCUGUUGGCACUCCCACCCCCGAAAGUCUCGAGAAGGCCCUUACCGAUGCCGGCUUCUCUGUCGUCCGCUCCGACAAUGCCAGUGUUGGAGGUCUGCAGGCGCCCCUCAUUGACAAGGUUGACUUCUACUUCCGCUCCAUGCGCCAGGUCAUUUUGGGACUGGUCAAGACCCACGUGUUGCCCCGCCACUUCAAGACCCUGAUCAACCGCUUGUGUCUCGACGGCGAGGCUUUCAUCAAGAUGGAUACCAUGCGACUUGUGACAACCAGUUAUCGCAUCAUCGCCCAGAAGCCUCUUCAAUAAACUACACACACUAAGAACAGGACUGGGUAAAGGGAAUUGGUCAUUUGCUGCACAUCGAGGAUUUAUCCACGUGUAAAAGGGUCACCGCCCCUGCAUCCAGGAAGCAGACCAUUCUUUGUGGGCUGGGGUUUCAAUGAGACCCCAACGGUGAUAGCUGGAUGGGACGCUUCCACACAU